AUGCGAAGAACAGUCGACCAGUGUCCUGCCGACAUUGUCUUAGCACCAUCAAGGUGCCCCUUGACUGAUCUCGAGUACGCCGACGAUGUUGUUAUAUUCGCGGAAAGUAGUACGAAACUUCAACAUGUUGUCAACCUUGUAUCGAAGCUGGCUGCAGCCUACGGACUACGCCUACGCCCUGAUAAAUGCAAACAGAUGUGGAUCUCUUCGAGACCUCGAACGGGAAUUAAGAUGGACGGACAACUGAACGAACUCGUCAAUGAGUUCUGUUACGUGGGCUGUAUGCUGAAGAACAACGGCAAGAAGGAUAUCCAGCAAAUAUGCACUAAGGCUAUUUCUGCAUUUAACUCCUUAACGAAAUGCCUGUGGUCGACCCCCAUCACCAACGAAGUCAAGCUGCGAGUCUACCUAUCCGCAAUUCGCCCCAUCAUGAUGUACGGAUCGGAGACUUGGGCAGCACCAUCAACGGUUAUGGAGAGGCUUGACUGCACGGGAAGAAAGCUGCUGAGACGGCUACUUGGCUACUUUUGGCCUAGGGAGAACGGCAGAUCCCAAGCUCUCGCAGAAGAUCGAGAAGGUUGGGCACAGCUGUGUUCGAGGACGGCACACCUCGGCGAAGAUGCGGGCAAUCGCGUCAGGAUGGAUGCCAACUUGAACGUCAAGAUCGGCGAUUUUGGGCUGUGUCGAAGAGUUGGUGACGAAAAUGAAGCUUACGAGCCUUCUAACAAACAUCGAGAUGUACCUUUUCCAUGGAUGGCACCGGAGACUAUGAUCAGUGAAAAGAAACCAUUUGCCGUUUGCUUUAUGAGCACAAUAGAAAAACCAGUGAUAGAACGUCUUCCACAGAUGUACUGCCGUUAUAUCGAUGUCAUUGCUUCAUUAUAA